AUGUCCGGUCCAAGAGUGUGUGGCUGUAAAGGAAUUCGUUCUUGUCGACUGUGUAUGGCGACCAAUGCUCAAGAAGCUGGACCCCGGUUGGGCGGGGUUAGCAGAGAUGUGUUGAGCUGCAUUCAUAAUGCAAGCAGUGAAGAUGAACUACCAGUAGAAAGUUUUCCAGAGGAAUCCCAGCAGUUGAACACAAGUGUACAUCCAGAGGCUGGACCCAGGUUGGGCUGGGUUAGCAGAGAUGUAUCCAGCUGCAGUCAUAAUGCGAGUCAUAAGAUUGACUUUGAGGGAAUUGUGAUCAUAGAGGAUUUUGUGUCAGAGGCAGAAGAAGCUGACUUAGACAGAGCUAUUGCUGGUACUCAUUUUGUUAAUUCACAGUCCGGACGCAGAAAACAGGACUUUGGGCCAAAAGUCAACUUCAAGAAACAAAAAGUACGAACUGCCAACUUCACCGGUCUGCCUUCCUAUAGUCAGUUUCUGUAUCAGCGCAUGAAAGCCCAUCCACACCUCAGCGACUUCGAACCGGUCGAACUUUGCAACCUGGAGUACUGCCAGAGCCGAGGUGCCCACAUUGAUCCCCAUCUUGAUGAUGACUGGUUAUGGGGCGAGCGGUUGGUGACUCUGAACCUGCUGUCAGAUUCUGUGUUGACUUUUACUUUGGACUCCGUGCCGGACAUCGAAGUUAGGGUUCCUCUCCUACGACGCUCACUUAUUGUGGUAGCUGCAGCUGCCAGGUACUCUUGGAAACACAGCAUUUUGCCUGGGGAUGUUGUGGGGAGAAGAAUAGCGAUGACUUUCAGAGAACUUUCCAAGGAAUUCAGGUCUGGGGGUUCUAGGGGUCAGCAGGGGGUUGAACUUUUGAAGCUGGCUCUAACAUUUAGUGGGUCUGCUGUAAGCAGUUGA